AUGCGCUUCUUCACUGUUCUUGCCACACUUUGCGCCGCUGCCUCUGCGGCCCCAGCCACAGCUGAGGCACAAGCCAAGCUCAUCACCGAGCUCUGGCGCGCAUACAGCGGCACCGCGCGUGAUCACUUUUACACCACCGACUACAAUGAGUACAACAAUGCCGUCACCAACCUAGGCUACACGGCCGAGGGCGUCGCGGCGCGCAUCUACUCCCGCCAGGUAGAGCAGAGCGUGCCCCUGUACCGCACCUGGUCCCCCGGCGCGUCGGACCACUUCUACACCACGUCGGCCGCCGAGCGCGACAACGCCGUCCAGCACCUCGGGUACCAGGACGAGGGCAUCACCGGCUUCGUCUACAAGGCGGACAGCAGAGGCGACACCGUCGCGUUCUACCGUGCCUACAGCGGUGGGCAGCGCGAUCAUUUCUACACUGUCAACGCUGCGGAGAUGGAGAAUGCGGUCCGAAAGCUGGGCUACACCUACGAGGGCGUCGCCGCGUAUGUGUUUGAGCCUUGA